GUGUAAGACAGGAUAUUUUCACAAACAAGUUCGUGUCGUUUAUAAGUUACUUAUAAUAUAAGCGCGGCAUAGAGAACCCUUAAUACAUUGCUAAAAAAUGAGGUUGCUAUUGCUUUGGCUUGCUAUUUUGGUUCUUGGCGUUACAGCAGAAGACCCACCACCCUGUACAAAUGGACAAAUUUAUUACCCAUCUGUAGACUGUUCUAAAUUUUGGCAAUGCUCGAAUGGAGUUGCUUACUUGAUGCCCUGUGCUCCUGGCACUGAAUGGAGUCAGAGCUUGCUUGUUUGUACACAUUCGUGGCAGUCUGAUUGUGAUGGAAAUGGCUGGCAAACCACUACUACUACCACCACAACUACAAAACCAACCACUACAACUACCAAGCCAACUACAACUACUCCUACUACUACAACAACGCCUACAACUACAACUACAACUACACCUACAACCACAACGACACCUACAACUACACCUACAACCACAACUACACCUACAACCACAACCACACCGACUACCACAACUACACCUACAACCACAACGACACCUACAACUACAACUACACCUACAACUACACCUAUAACCACAACCACACCGACUACCACCACUACACCAACAACUACUACACCCUCUACUACUACUACUACUCCCAAAGCUACAACUGCUUCUACAACCACUAGCACCACUCCUAAAACUACAACUUCAGCUCUCAUUCCAAAUACAACUACAUCAACUCCAACCACAACUACAUCAGUACCUCUUCCUCCAGGAACAUGCCCUCCAGUUGACGGUCCUGACUCCGUAUACUUCCCUGACUCAGACUGCACCAAAUUCUGGCAAUGUUCUAACGGAGUUGCCUAUCAGUUUACCUGCCCAGCAAACUUGCACUUCAAUCCUGUUUUAAAUGUAUGCGAUUGGCCGCAAAAUGCUGGUUGCGUUUCUGGAGAAGGUAGUUCUACGUCUACAUCUACUGAAGCCUCUACAACUACCGUGGAAACAAGUACAAGGGUUGAAAAUUCUACUGUCACAGAUAUAUCAACUACGUCAGAGGACGUACAAACCUCAACUGUUGAGGAUACAAUUACGACUACCGUAGCUGCUGAAAACACUACAGCCGCGGAAACAUCGACAGCAUCCGUUGAAACUACCGCAGAGGAAGUAGAAACUACAACAGAAGAGGAAACAACUACAGAAGCUGCGGAAACAACAACAGUAGCUGCGGUAACAACAACAGUAGCUGUGGAAACAACUGCAGCUGCUGAAACAUCGACAGUGGAAGAAGAAACUACUACAGAAGUGGAUUCAACUACCUCGGCUUCUACAACUGCGGAACCCGAACAAACAACUGAAGAUAUAGACAAUACUACAGCAGCUCAAACUACAACUGAAGAGAUCACGAGUACAGUACCAUCAACAACAGCAAACUCUUCACAACCUGAUGCUGUUUCUACCCCAGCUCCUGGAACGUGUCCCGCCGUAGAUGGUCCAGAUUCUGUCUACUUCCCUGAUGCAGACUGCACUAAAUUUUGGCAAUGUUCGAAUGGCGUACCUUACCAACAUACUUGCCCUGCUGGUCUAUACUUCAACCCAGUAUUAAACGUUUGUGAUUGGCCUGAAAAUGCUGGAUGCAAUUCUGGACCCGUUGAUCCUGAUAAUAAUGUUACGACUACGAGCAUUGCUGAAACUACUACUGUGAGUUUAGAAACUACCACAGAUGAUGAGAAGACUACCACUGAGGACGAAGGAACUACAGCUGCUGAAGUGGAAACUACUACAGCUGAAACAGUUGAAUCCACAACUGUUGCUGACGAAACAACUACAAUUGAAGAUGAAUCAACCACAGUUGUAGAGGAAUCUACUACUGCUGAAGUUGAGACUACUACGCUAGAGGAAGCAAGCACCACUUCUGAUAGUGAUACUACAACAAGUGCUGAAGAAAAUACUACAGACUCUGACGAAACUACUACAUUUGAAGAUGAAACAACCACAGUUGUAGAAGAAUCUACUACAGUCGAAGUUGAGACUACUACUCUAGAAGAGGCAAGCACUAAAGCUGAAGCUGAGACUACAGCAGUUGAAGAUGAUGAAACAACUACUGUAGUUGAAACGACAUCUGCGUCACCUGAAGUUACAAGUGAACCACCUGUUCCAGGUAAAUGUCCAGCUGUAGACGGUCCAGAUUCCGUGUACUUCCCCGAUCCAGAUUGCACCAAAUUCUGGCAAUGCUCUAAUGGCAUACCUUACCAACAUUCUUGUCCUCCUGGUCUACACUUUAACCCUGUUCUAAACGUUUGCGAUUGGCCUCAUGACGCUGGAUGCAAUGCUACGCGUCCUAACGAUCCAGUAGAACCAGUAACUUCAUCUUCCUCCACACUAACACCUGAAGAUGGUUCGACCACAACUGAAGCGUCUGGAGACGAUGAAGAUUCAACAACUGAAACUACAGAACCUAAUACGGAGGCUCCCGAGACUGACGCACCUGAAACUGAAGCGCCCGAAACUGAAGCACCUGAUACGGAAGCUCCCGAAACUGAAGCACCUGAAACUGAAGCACCUGAUACGGAAGCGCCAGAAACUGAAGCACCUGAAACUGAAGCACCUGAUACGGAAGCACCUGAAACUGAGGCUCCUGAAACUGAGGCUCCUGAUACCGAAGCUCCUGAGACAGAAGCUCCUGCUACUGAAGCUCCAUCUACCGAAGAACCUAGUACUACAUCCAAUAUAACUAGUCCUGUGACAGAGGCUUCGACCACAACUACGGAAUCAACACCUACCUAUUCUGCCCCAGAAACUAGUACAACCAGUACGGUUUCGACAAGUCCUUCUGCUGAUACUUGUGAGCAAUUAAGCAGCCAGUGUCCAGCAAUAGAUGGUCCUGAUUCAGUCUACAUUCCUCUGGCAGAUUGCACUAAAUUCUGCCAGUGUUCCAAUGGCGUUGCUUACCAACACGACUGUCCAGCAAAUCUAGAAUUCAAUCCUGUCUUGAAUGUUUGCGAUUGGCCUCAAAAUGCAGGCUGUACCGGAAUUAGCGGUACAACCAGCACUACAACCAGACCACGUUAUAGUAUGGAAGGGAUGAGUAAUAUUCUGAAGAGUUGGAGUACACUAAGCAGCUGGUUUGCGCAACCAAUUAAGUCAGAGUAAACUAAAAUGAAAGGUCCGAACGCACUGAAAGUCUGAUUUAAAGUUCUACCCCUUCCCUCACCCUGACACAACCAGAAAGAAAACACAGAUGUGCUUGUAAAUAGUUAUGUAUAGUUACAAUUAAUAAUACUAUUACCUAUUUUAAUAUGAAUUGUUAUGUAGUAAAAUUAAAUAAAACAUUUUAA